AUGAAAGAGUACAAGGGUGAGGAGGUACUCAACAAAGCAAUUCUAGAUGCUAUAGAAUGGAACUCAGCGCAACUGAAGACAGCUUUUAAGCAGAUUCGUAAUACCAUAUACAUCAAAGAGAAAGGAAAAAACAAUAUAUGUGUCAUAUGCAGAACAGAUGCGGCUUGGAAAGGAGACUGUAUGACUGUGGGUUUGGGCUGGGAAUUCACAGAAAAAGAAAACCGCUGGAAAUGA